CUUCCCGCCCACCCCCCUCUUGUCCUCGGAGAUCGGAUUUACUGCUCCAGCGACAGGACUCGCUAUAUAUCCCGCCCUCGCCGCUCGUUCCCCGCGGCCUCGCUUCCUCGCUCGCAAGGACCCCCCCCCCCACCCCGCGCCAGCCGCCCGUCUUUGGACGAAUGGUUCAGCCACAGCGGCCUUUCAUUCCUUGCGAGGGGGCGACGUCUUUGUGCGUGGUUUCUUUUUUUUGUUGUUAAACGCGCGCUCGCGUUAAAACAUUUAACAGCCGCGACCAAGAAAAAGCAUCGAUCGGCGAACAGCAACAACAACAGCAGCAGCAACAACAGCAACAACAACAGCAACAACAACAACAACAGAAACACCAGCUUCGAAACGAACGCCGCGAACUCGGGACUCGUGCAGGAGGUUCGAGGGCGCCGCUGUGAGACUGCGUCAACAUGGACCAGUCCUUCGGCGAGGUGAACCAACUCGGCGGCGUCUUCGUGAACGGGCGACCGCUGCCAAACCCGAUCCGCCUGCGAAUCGUCGAGUUGGCGCAGCUGGGCAUCAGGCCGUGCGACAUCUCGCGGCAGCUGCGCGUGUCCCACGGCUGCGUCUCCAAGAUCCUGGCUCGCUACAACGAGACGGGCUCCAUCCUGCCGGGAGCCAUCGGGGGAAGCAAGCCGCGCGUCACCACCCCCAACGUGGUCAAGCACAUCCGCGACUACAAGCAGCGCGACCCGGGCAUUUUCGCGUGGGAGAUACGCGACCGGCUGCUCGCCGACGGCGUCUGCGACAAGUACAACGUGCCCUCCGUGAGCUCCAUCAGCCGCAUCCUGCGCAACAAGAUCGGCAGCCUGUCGCAGCCGUGCUCGCAGAUGCAGGACGCGUCGGGCAUGGCCUCCUGCAAGCAGUCGGCGGCCGCGGCCGCCGCAGCUGCGGCCGCGGUGCCGUACGGCGCUCUGUACGCGGCCUACACGAGCUCGCAGCUGCAUCACCACCACCACCAUCACCACCACCACCACGGACACGGGCCCGCGGGGAAGGGCGGCGCGCACGCGAUGCACGGCGCCACGGGCGUGCACAUACCCGCGGGGCUGCCACGCUCAUGGCCCUCCUCCUACACAGUGAGCGACAUCCUGGGAUUCAGGACGGCGGCUGAGCAGCAAGGGCUCAUCCCGGAGGAGUGGUGCGGCGCUGCCCGGCCCAGCUUCCCCGCCGGCACGCAGGCGGCCAACGGCCUCGACAAGCCGGGCGGUGGCGAUGGCGACCUGAAGUAUUCCCAGGGCCACCCGUCAGGUCUGCCCGCGGUCAGCACCUUCGUGUCGGCCUCGGGCCUCGGGCCCUACCCGAGCCAGUCGCAGGGGGGCAUGGGGGCCUACGUGGCGUACGGCGGAGGGGGUGGACCGGCACCGGCCGCGGGCUUCGUGCCGCCGGGCCACGGGGCCGCGUGGCAAGCCCAGCCGCACCCCGCCGACCUCUCGUCGCCCGCGCACUUCAAAGCGGCCGCCGCGGCCGCCGUCGCCGCCGCGGCGGCCGCAGCGGCCGCGAGAGACGAGAGAGGAGCGGAGGCGUUGGCGCCGAGGAAGUCCUGAAGAAGCCCCCCCCCCCCCCACACUCACACACACCGCCUCCCCCCCUCGUCCCUCCUCCCUCCCUACCUCCCUCCGCUCGGCACAAGACGACGUUGACCGCGACGGCGCUUUGCGGGGACUCACCGGGCCGUGCGUGGCCCGCGGGCGCGUCACGUCCGUGCCGCGCUCGCGUCCACGCGCGGGCCCCGUGGAUUGUGGCCGUCCUGCGGGAGGGCUUCGCGCCCACGGCGUUUGGCGUUGACCGGGUCGCGUUCACAAAGCGGUAGACGGCGAGAAGACGACGCCGUGACGUGGCCUCUCUACGUGCGCGGGGGGCGGGGGGUGGAACUGCGCCCGGAGACACACGGGGCCGGAGGCCCCCCCAACCACCCUCCCCCGGUCGCCGAGCUACGAAGAGGAGGAGAAAUUUGACAGGGGGGUAGUGGUGGUGGUGGGGGGGGGGGGGGUUCACAUUUUAUUGCUUGCACCAGGGCCCAAUCCAUGGCACGCACGCUGUGCGAAUUCUCCGAUGCAAUAGCUCUAGACGUGACUCACAAUCUGUCCCUGCUGCUGCUGCUGCUGCGUGAAGUUCGUAGUCGGUGGGAGGGGGGGAGACGUUCCCGGCGAGUAGCCCCCACGAGCCACCGUCGGAUGGACGAGACGAGACGCGGCACGAGAUGUCCUCGCGUCUCGAGUACACAUUUCUUUCCGUGUUCUGAAAGAGGAAACAAUAAUAACGUGUACAUUUUUGACAAGUUAUAUAUUUAAUUUUCUACGUUUCUGAACUAGAGUUUAUAUAUCUUGUUGUAUUGUAAGAUAUGUAUAUAUUAAACAAAACAUGUGGAAUAUUACAUUGUGACCGCUGCAUUUUUAUUGCCAUGAUGAUGAUGAUGGUGAUUAUUAUUUGCGCAGUGAUAUAGUAUGUCUGAACGAUUUUCUUUUUACGACCUGUUGCCGGCUUCGUAAAAUACGUUCCACUGGAAUGUUCCCCGAGUUCAUCAUUGAGAACAGUGAAAGUUACGAGGCUUUGACAUCACUCACUGUAUUUUAACGCAGCUGCCGGUAGCCGUUAUUCAACGAAAUUGAUAAGAUACGCGCGAGUCUUAGGCUGUAGUGCCGCCUGCAUUUCUAAUUCUACCGCGUCGAUGGUGGCAGCAGCAGCAAUGCGACUCAGGGAAUGAACGCCAAUGAUUGUAGCACUCCGCACCUCCAAGUUUGUUUGCACGGUUGGCUACGUGCGGCACGAAAGAAGUUCAACAUGCAUGCGUACAUACCGUGUCGAGAACUGCCGACCCCGACGAGAGGGUUUCAGGAGAGAGAAAGUUCGUCGCAGAUUUUCUGUUCCUCCACCGUUGAUGGAACGCCGAUUACACACCUGGGUUUGCUCUGCGCUCCGUAGUUUUGGUCGCAUGGUCCCAAGCGCACGACUGUGGUGUGACUUCAAUGUAUCUCCAUGCAUCUAUAUGUGUAUAUAUAUUUAUUUGGCCUCUAUUUGUCUCGAUUCGUCUCUAUG